AUAGUAUAAAUACGAUGCUGUUAGGCUUUAAUAUGUUAAUGUACAAGUACAUUUCAAGAUAGUAAAAUAAUUGUGUGAACAAGAUGAAGAAAAUUAUCUUUUAUAUUUGCACUUUUGUGCUCGUUACUUUUACUGUUGGUUCAAAGAUAGGAUCUAAAGAUGAAAAUUAUACUACUUGCUUAACUGAAAAUAACGUAUCUGAAGAUGACAUGUUCACAGCGGAAGAUAUAACACUAGACCGACAUAAAUCCGAAGAUCAGGAAAAAAUAAAAAAGAAUGGUUGUGUCUUUCAAUGUUUAACACAAAAAAAAGGAGCAAUGCAAGAUGCGGAAUAUAACAUAGAAGUAAUGCAUAGUUUUAUUACUAAAAUAACAAAUGCUCGACCAGGAGGUUUAUUAUUUGAAGCUUUCGACAAUUGCAUAAAUGAAACGAAAGACCUUCCAGAAAAAUGCGAAAAAAGCUUUGCUCUUACUGAAUGUAUGUUGAAAGCUCAAGAGAGAAUGCUUCUCAUGUUUUACGGAAGUCCUACUUCUAAUCAUGAAGAACAUGAACAUAAACAUGAAACACACGAGCACGAGCAUGAAUUGAAUAAAUCCGAAAAAUAGUGAAUGCAAUUAAAAAUAGCCAACAUUUAAUUAAUGUAAAAAUCUGUGUACAACAUUUAAUUAAUGUAAAAAUCUGUGUACAACAUUUUUAGUGAAAAGAUUUAUUUUCUUUAUUUUAGUACAUUAAUAUAAAAAAAUUCUAUUUUAAAUAAUAUCGAUAGAUCUUUUGAUAGGAAAGGUAUUAAAAUAUCUGAAGUAUCGAUCAAUGUUUCUAUAAAUUUAUAAUAUAAAAUAAAUUAUGUAAAUUAAUUUCGUAGAUUAUGUAAAUUAUGUAAAAACAAAAACAUAAUUUAACAAUAAGUUAAACAAUAUACGUUCUUUCUAAAGUCUUUACAUUUAUGGAAAAAUGCAAUGAUAAAUAUAAUUAAGAAGACUAUGCAUGAAUAGGUAUAAAUCAUUUUUUAUAUAAUUUUGCAUAAUUUCUUUUAUAUUUUUAUAAAAAAUGAAUUACCAAAUUAAUUAAAUUUUUUAAUUUUCUUUUUACUUACAAAAAACGGAAGGAACGGCCAAUAAUUCGAGCACGUAAAGAUGUUAAAAAAUUGAUAAUUUAUUACAUGUAGUUAACGCAA